AUGGCACAGACUGCGGAGCCUCAGGGCAUCAUUGCCUUCCUGCUGCAACCCCAGAUCGUCCCCUUCUUCAUCGCAGCAAUUGUUCUCGCUGCCAUCAAGAUCAUUGACCGUACCGACAUUCCCAAGAUCAAGGGAAUACCUGAAGUUCCCGGCGUACCACUUCUGGGGAACCUCGCACAGCUAGGCGACAAUCACGCCAUCAACGCACAGAAGCUCGCUGAGAAGCAUGGACCUGUCUUCCAAGUCCGCCUGGGCAAUCGAAGGAUCGUCUUCGCAAACACCUUUGAUAGCGUCAAGCACUUCUGGAUCACGAAUCAGUCUGCCUUGAUCAGCAGACCUACCCUUCACACCUUCCAUACGGUCGUAAGCUCCAGCGAAGGAUUCACGAUCGGAACGAGCCCGUGGGACGAGAGCUGCAAAAAGCGAAGGAAAGCUGCUGCUACGGCUCUGAAUCGUCCUGCUGUACAGAGCUACAUGCCAACUAUCGAUUACGAGGUGACCAAGUCCAUCAAGGAACUCCUCAAAGACAGUGAUUUCGGCAAGAAAGACAUCGACCCUAAUCCAUACUUCCAACGCUACGCACUGUCCACCUCCUUGACUCUGAACUACGGAAUCCGAAUCGAAGGAAACAUCAACGACGACAUGCUUCAAGAGAUCGUCCACGUUGAACGAGAAAUCUCCAACUUUCGGAGCACCGCCACCAACUGGGCAGACUACAUCCCUCUGCUGCGUCUCCUUCCUGGGGGAAACGACAAGCCUUUGGAGUACAAGAAGCGCCGAGCGAACUACAUGAACAAGCUCCUCGGCAUGCUGAAAGAACGCAUCGCAAACGGAACAGACAAACCUUGUAUCUCCGGCAACGUCCUCAAAGACCCAGAAGCCAAGCUCAACGACGCAGAAGUCAUGUCCAUCGGCCUCACCAUGGUCAGCGCAGGUCUCGACACCGUCCCAGGAAACCUCAUCAUGUGCAUCGCCUACCUCUCGUCCCCCCGCGGCCAAGAAAUCCAAUCCCGCGCCCUCCAGGAAAUCAACACCCUAUACCCCGACAACGAUUCCUGGGAGAAAUGCCUCCACGAGGAAAAAGCAGAAUACAUCACCGCGCUCGUGAAGGAAACCCUCCGAUACUGGAGCGUCAUCCCCAUCUGCCUGCCCCGCAAAUCCAUCAAGGACAUCACGUACAACGGCGCCGUCAUCCCCGCCGGCACCUCCUUCUACAUGAACGCCUACGCCGCCCACUAUGAUUCCACGCACUUCAAAGACCCCUACACCUUCCACCCGGACCGCUACCUCGCCGACACCUCCAUCGACGACGCCGCCGCCACGCGCGGCACGCCGCACUACGGCUACGGCGCCGGCAGCCGCAUGUGCAUCGGCUCGCACCUCGCCAACCGCGAACUGUACACCGCUUUCCUGCGCCUCAUCACGGCUUUUGAAAUCUUGCCGCCGAGGAAUCAGGCGGAUGAGCCCUGGUUGGAUUGCAUGAAUUGUAAUGUCUUGCCGAAUGGCUUGACGAUGGAUCCCAAGGCUUUCAAGGUCGGCGUGAGGGUGCGGAAUCGGGAAGUUUUGGAGAAGUGGUUGGCGGAGGCGGAGGCGAGGACGAGGGAUCUCUGA